AUGGGAUCCAGUGAGCCCCUGGGCUCGCAUGCACCACCUCCUGCACCUGAGGAUGCUGACAACCAGGAGUCCGACACGGUGAACCUCGAUGCUGACAGGCCCACCGACGCGCCUGAGAAGCCGAUCGCCGGCAAGAGGAAGAGAGUCACAAGGAGAAUUCAAGGACCAGCAAGGGUCAUUGAAGAAGCUAGACCAUAUGCAGAUGAGAACAUAUUUGAAACUGAUGCAUUGAAAGGGGAAUUUCUGAGCUCACCUUUAAUUGAGUUCAGCAUGGUUCUUUUGGCGACAAAUAAUUUCAACGACAAGCUUGGGGCUGGUGGAUUCGGUCCAGUUUACAAGGGGAGAUUACCAGAUGGCCAAGAGAUUGCUAUCAAGAGGCUGUCAAACAGCUCUAGUCAGGGUUUGGAAGAGUUCAAGAAUGAGGUCACUGUUCUAUCCAAAUUGCAGCACCGAAACUUGGUUAGGCUUUUUGGUUGCUGUGUUCAUGGAGAAGAGAAGAUGCUGGUGUAUGAGUACAUGCCUAACAACAGCCUUGACUCAUUUAUUUUUGAUGAAACUAAAAGACCAUUGUUGAGUUGGAAACUGAGGUACAAUAUUAUUCAGGGAAUUGGGAAAGGAAUACUGUACCUUCAUCAAGAUUCUAGGCUAAAAAUCAUCCAUAGAGAUCUCAAAGCGAGCAAUGUUCUGCUUGAUGAUGGUUUCAACCCCAAGAUAUCUGACUUUGGCAUGGCUAGAAUUUUCGGUGAAUACCAACUGCAAGCCCUUACCCAUCGAAUUGUUGGAACCUAUGGCUAUAUCUCCCCGGAGUACGCAAUGGAGGGUAAAUUCUCUGAGAAAUCGGAUGUUUUCAGUUUUGGUGUGUUGAUCCUAGAGAUUGUGUGUGGCCGCAGGAACAGCUCCUUCAGUGAUAACGAAUGGUCAAUGAAUCUCGUGGGCCACGCAUGGACGCUGUGGACGAAAGGCAGCGUCUCGGAGCUGAUCGAUGCACUGAUGGGUACCACAUACUCUUAUGACGAAGUCUCCAGAUGCAUUCAGGUGGGUCUCCUGUGCGUGCAAGAGUUACCAGCUGAGAGGCCAAACAUGUCUCUGGUGCUCAGGAUGCUGAGUGGUGAUGUUGCACUUCCCGCUCCGAAGCGAGGUGCAUUCUUCGUUGGAAGAGCCCCUGCGGAUGACAAGGAUACAGAAUCAGGGAACCACCUAACUUACACUGAAUUGGAAGGCAGGUAGAGUGCCAUUGGCUCAGCUUGCAGAAAU